AUGAGGCCAGUGCAGACAGUGGAGGCGGAUGCGGCGAGUGUAAGUUGGUGCGCCAGGCACCGGUUCGCCAGUCUCUGUGCGAUGGAUUCUCAAGUGAUCGGUCGGGCCGAUGCGAGAGGUGAAGCUGCGAUCGCGAACAGGACAUGUAUAGAUCAGGUCCUAAUCAUUGGUGUUGACGAUGGUGGCGUUGGUGUUCGUGCCUGUUGGUGUGCCAGGAUUGUGUGUAGUGUUGAUGGGCAUGGCAGACGCCAUAGUAGCAGGCUUUUAGGCGGUGGAGGAGGGGGAGACGGAUGAUGAUGACAGUGGUGGUUCGGGAUUGCAUCAACGUUAGUUGACGAUGUGGGAGGCGAGGGUGAGGUGAACGGAGAGACGAUGGUUGAUGUAGUCCGGGUGCCGCAGUUGGUCCAUAGGUGUCAAACAAGUCCAAUUGGCGCAUGGAAUGUCCGUUGACAUCGUGGACACGUUGGAGGCGGUUGGGCGUUGGCGGUGUGGCUUAGCACAGUUCAGAUUUGCGAGCUUUGCUUUUGCCUUUAACGGUGGCGAUGCGGAUGAGGUGGGUCCGCAUCUCCUGACACCUCCUGCAGUUGGUGGGCGGCGAAGAUCAUGUCGCUGAUUCCGCGAGGACGGCGGAAGCAGCACUGACUUUCCGGCAGGGGGCCCUGUCCCAGAUGGUUGUCCAGGCGACUGAGAAGAAAUCAAGCGAGGAUCUUACCGGCAAUAUUCAGAAGGAAGAGGCCUCGGUGUUUGUCUCAAAUUUGGUGUUUCCCUCUGCGCAAGUAGAGCUGAACGAUUAUGGUGCCUUUGAAGUCCUGAGGGACUUCUCCUUGACACCACAUCUUCUGGAAGAGCGCAGUCAGAUGAUCCAUGAGUUGGGGGCCGCCGUGCUUGUAGAUCUCAUCAGGGACCGCGUUCGAUCCAGGCGCUUCCCCGCUAGAGAGCUGCUGCACGGCCUUGAUGGUUUCGUAGAGAGAGGGCAGGAGUUCUAG